GGUCGUUUCAUGCAGCCGCAGUCCAUGUCGAAUGCACCUAUUCUCUGGUUCAUCCAUAUGCCAAUCACGUGGUCAUGAGUUAGGCAGGAAGUGGUUUCCAUUUAUUUCAAACGUGAAGUUAAAACGAUUAGAUGCCUUUGACCAAAGCUGUAAUUGUUCCAGGGAAUGGGUCUGGAGAUGUGGAACGGUGCAAUUGGUAUGGUUGGGCCAAAAAACAAAUCAAUAAGAUUCCAGAGAUGACUUGUCUGCUGGAAAACAUGCCUGAUCCAGUGACAGCUCGAGAGAGCAUAUGGUUGCCAUACAUGGAGUACGAGCUGCAAUGUGAUGAGGAGACAGUAAUCAUUGGUCACAGCUCAGGAGCAGCCGCAGCUAUGAGGUAUGCUGAAACUCACAAAGUGUUUGCCAUUAUCCUGGUGGGAGCAUACACCUCUGAUCUGGGAGAUGCAAAUGAGAGAGAAAGUGGAUAUUUCAACCGACCCUGGGAAUGGGAAAAAAUUAAGGGGAAUGCUCGCCAUAUAGUUCAGUUUGGCUCAACAGAUGACCCCUUCUUGCCUUGGGACGAGCAGGAGGCUGUUGCAAAAGGCUUGAAGGCUGACCUUCGCAAAUACACGGUGAAAGGCCACUUCCAGAACACACAGUUUCCAGAGCUGAUCAACGUAGUGCACAAACUGAGAGCCGGUACAUAGAAGACAGCUGGAGGGACCUCAGUAGCGUGUGGAAGAUCCAUAUGCAGCCACAACAGCUUGGAACCUCCUCUUCAUGCUGGUCACCAGCCUGGUUACAGACUGCUGUGGGAGGGCAUCCCAUUCCUCAACCAGGAUUUGUCACAAGUCAGCCAACAUGUUUGCGUUGGUCACUCUGCCACAUACAGCACACCCAAGCUGAUCCCACUUGAAGCUCAAAACCAGAGUGAAGACCAACAGAAGAAUAUUGCAAAGGAUUUUGGCAAAUGUUUUAUUUAUUUUUUGGGCCGUUACCCA